AUGAGUUAUAUAAAACCGAAAAUGUUAUUUAUUAAACAAGAUUUUAUACCUGGUCCACCAUUAUUAAAAAAUGUUUACAUUAAUAGUGAUAUAACAAAUACGAUUCGUUCAUCGUAUACAUUUUCAAAUGAACGUUUUAAAUCAUCUGAUUUUUUAUUAUUUACAUCAAAUCAUACAUUUUUUUCAUCAUUAUCAAUUGAUUAUGAAACAACUACAAUUAAUAUAACAGAUAAUUCAUCAAUUAUUAUUCCUUCAUCAUCUUCAUCAUCCGUAUUUAUUCCUACAUUAAUCGGUAUUAUUUUAUUUACAAUUACAAUUUGGACAAUUAUUGG